AUUCGAAAAUUUGAUCGGGCAUUUGUGCUUGUGCUUGUGCUUGUGCUUGCUUGAGGUGGUUUGAGGGACGUUUGAAGAUUUUUGCAUCAUCACACACACCACAAACUGAAACUCCGAGGCGAGGCGCAAUUCAACGAAAGCAAACAAAUUAGCACGCAAGUGCUAACCAUCUUUGGCUUAAAUAAUAACAAGGAAAGAGACGAGAAUGGGAGAGCCUGGACCCUCCCGGAUACCGUCUAAGCUGCCACUGCCACCUCAACGGAAGGUCAAUGGUAUCCCUCGCCCCAAACCUGGCCCAGUAUCCACACUGCAGUCUAAAAGAAUUACUCGACGGUCAAUGAGCGUUCCUGACCUUCGUCAGAUGGGUGCAGCACCAACUAACCAAAAACAACCAGCUACCCGAGCUCCAACGCAGCGCACAGUUCAACCAGUAAAUAGGAAGAGACCAGCCGUGACUGCCACAGCUGCCCCUGUGGCUAAAAAACCAUUGGUCCAGUCAGAAUCAAACAAAUCCUCUGCCAAACCUGCUUCUGUCAAUAAAGCACCUCCAGUGGCAGCGGGAAAACGAAAGAUUGCUCCCUGGGAUACCAAAGGGCAAUUAGAUUUAGCAAAUAACAAAAUUGAACGGCUACUGCAAGAUAAAGAAAAUUUAGAAGCUUUAACACAUGAUGCCCAGGCUGUAAAGGAUCAGUUAGAUGCUUGCCUUAAAGAGCAGGCAUUGCUCUCAAGCAGACUUGAGGAAGCGCAGCAAAAAAGGAAAGAAACUGAAAUGCAUCUCAUAGAAGCACAAAACCAGUGUGACAGUCUGAUUGCAGACAAGAGUGCGUUGGCUUCCAAAAUUGAAUUGUUGAAGUCACAGCUUACUGCAGAAAAAAGGAAGAAUGAACAGUUGGGAGAAGAGAUACAGAAAGUUGAAUGUAGCAGAGAUGAGCUUAUAUCUGUGUCUUCUCAACUACGGAAGGAUUUUGAAAAAGAAAAGAGUAGUAAUCUUGAGCUUUGCUCUAAACUUGAGCUUACAGAAACAAAAGUGAAAUCUCUGACAGAAGAAGUUCUUGAACUUCAAGAAUUAAGAAGACAAAUGCAUAAUCAAAUAUUGGACUUAAAAGGCAAUAUCAGGGUUUUCUGCAGAGUCAGACCACCAUUGGAAACGGAGUCAGGCAGGGCCAUUGCAAGCUUUAAUUUCUCUGAUGAAGCUUCGCUAGAAAUCAAGAGCUCUCAAGAUCCGGGAUCAGCCAAGAGUUCCCAAAAGACAAAGUCUGAUUCAUUCACUUUUGACAAGGUGUUUUCACCCAAUAAUAGCCAAGAUGAUAUAUACUUAGAAUUAUCCCAACUUGUGCAAUCGGCCCUUGAUGGUUACAAUGUUUGUGUAUUUGCCUACGGCCAAACUGGCUCAGGGAAAACAUACACAAUGGAAGGUGGAGAUACCCAAGAAACUCAGGGAAUGAUUCCACGUGCCAUUCAGACAAUAUUUUCUGCAAUCGACAAACAAAAACAAAUGGGAUGGCAGUUUUCCGUCAAAUGUUCAUUCCUUGAGAUUUACAAUGAGGUGAUUAGGGACUUAUUAAACCCCAAAUCUAAUUUGCCCUACGAAAUUAAAAUGGUUGGCAGUGAUGAUGUUAUGGUGACAAACCUUAAGGUUGAAGAAGUGCAAUCUGCAGAAGGCUUGAUGGAUCUGUUAAGCAAAGCACAAAAGAGUAGAUUCGUUGCAGCUACGGUAAUGAAUCACCAGUCAUCUCGAUCUCAUUCCAUUGCACAGAUAAGAGUGGAAUCAUCACACGCAGGUCGAAACAUCCAGUGCCAGGGAACACUCAAUCUCAUAGAUCUGGCAGGUUCUGAAAGAUACAACAGUGACAAUCUAACCGACAGGAAAAAAGAGACCUGCAAUAUUAAUAAAUCAUUAGCUUGCUUAACAUUAGUCAUUAUGCAUUUAGUUGAGAAGAGUGGACAUGUACCUUUCCGCGAUUCAAAACUGACUCAUUUGCUUAUGCCCUCAUUAAAGGGAAACUCAAAGACUUUAAUGUUAGUUAACCUUGCUCCACUCGAGGACUGUUACCAAGAGACAUUGAGUUCGCUUAAAUUUGCCACCAGAGUAUCUGCUGUUGAGCUGUCAGCAAGACGCCAAAUCAAGUCUAGAAUGGCCAUGAAAUCAAAGUGAUAUCCACUUUCAGUUAGUGUCAUCUAGUUCUACUUUCAUUAUUGGAUUGAGUACCAUUUGUACCAAUAGUUUUUAUGAGUUUGACUUCUCAAAGAAUACUUUUUAUUUUAUCCUAUUAGAUAAGUCUAGAAUUGGUGUUAAGACAAAACGAUAUUCACUUCCUGGUAGUGUCAUCUGAUUUUUCAAAGAAUAUGUUCUAAACAUCCUAGAAUGGCUAUUGAUACAAAAUGAUGAUCUUUUCCUGUUAGUGUCAUCUAGUUCUAUUUUCAUUAAUGCAUUGUGUAUAGUUUGUAUUAUUAAUUUUUACAAGAUUGACUAUUUAAAGAAUAUAUCCAUUGUGUAGUUGGCACCAAUAAUUUUUACAAGAUUGAUUGAUUGUUCAAAGAAUAUAUUUUUCUGGUCAAAGCCUUUCAA